ACUGUUCUUACAUCAUAGAUUUGGGGGUAAUUUUUGGGGGCUCCAAGAUUGAUCUUUUUUGAAAAUAUGAUAUCUCUCAGUUAACUACAGUUUAUGCCCAAAAGUUAAAUGAACAUUUAAUUUAAUAUAUUUCUUUCUUGCAAUCAUUAUUUUUUUCCCUCCAGGUCAUUGAUUUAGUUUUAAAUAAGUGUGAUCACAAGGUAUAUGAGUGUUGACAUAUUUUUGUAGAUAAGUAUCUAAUCUAUAUACCCCCAGGUCAUGCAAGGUCACAAAAAUGUUCAACACUUACUGCAUAUAAUUUUCCAAUUUGAUAUGAAUUCUGAUACCUUAAGGAAUUUGAUGGGAGUAUGUAAUGCUUGUUGUAGUAUCACAGGAUAAUGAUACAGGUUUGACAUAAUCACUGGUUGUCUUGGCAAUUAAUAGUACAGUACAAAAUCUGUGGGAUCUUCUAGGAUUGAUGGUUAUCUGAUCCAGCUUUGUAAUCACCUCCAGAUGGUUAUCAUGUUGCAUGAUUUUAUGGACACACCAUGGGGGAUCAGUUACCCUGGGAUUUAGGACCCAGGAGAUUGGCCAUUUGUCCUUUGUAGUAAGGAGUCUCUCUGUUCCUAUCCACUGCUGUCCUCUAUCAUCGUAUGGAGUAGUGGAAUCAUCUGUUACAUCUGUAGGAUUACUCAGGGGUGGAGAUGUGAGUCAGAGGUGUAUCUGAUCUGUAGUAGUUAAGUGUGGGGCUGGAGAAUUCACCACAACCUUUGUGUGAUCUACUGAGAUGAGUGUGUGUGUGUGUUAGAUUUCCAGAUAUUUGUUUCCCGGCACUUCCUCUUCAUUAUUAUGACAUAUAUCUGAGAAUUCCUCAUGUUUAGGAAGUGUUUGUAUGUAGGUAGUAGAAAUUGAAUGACUUCAAUUUUGACACAUGCCUGUAUUUGGUUCAAGUGGAUUUGGACAUUUGAUACUUUGCACUUCCAAGUUCAAGUGUCUAGAUUUGAGGAAUAUUAAUAUUCUAUGAAGCCAAACUUUUGACAUCAACCUGUAGUGGUAGAACAGUUUCUUAGGUACUUAUUUUCAAAGGAGUUUCAGUGAAGCAAAGAGGAAGGCAUUGUUGGGUAGCUGAAGGUGACUUCUUAGUGCUUAAAGAACAAGUCAUUACUACAGCCUACAGCAGCCUUUAGAUAGAUGCCCCUGCUGAAAACAGUGUCUGAUGUAUCUGGCUGAGAAAGCAACAGGAACCAAACACAUAAGAUUGGGGAAUUAACAAGAUAUAUUGUUUAGACAGAUGUGUGCAUAGGGAAAAUCUGUUUUGCAUCCUCCAGAUUUGUAGUAUACAUUGCUUGCUGUUAUAUUGGAGUACUUAAUCAUGGAAUUAUAUUAUGUGUUUGAAAGGAUUAAUUAGUUUCCUGUUACACCACUGUGGGAAUUAAGGGAUGUGAUUAGUUAGCUUCCAGGUAUAAAAUGAUUCGAGAAGUGGAGUUUGUCAGGUAAGUACUGGUAUGUAAACAUAUGCGUAUCAAUUUUAUCACAUUGAUUUGAUUUGGACAUAGUUUUUCUGAUCAUUUUUAUUUUUAAGUUUUCUAAAUAUGUGAUACUUUUAAAAAAAACUGAAAAUAUUUUCCUUGUAGAUAUUACAUGAUUUGUAAAAAUUGAAACAACAUUUUUCAUUAAGAUUUCAAUUACAAAGUUCGUGUUUUCUGCAAAACUUUCAGGAACUUUAUAACUUACUCAAUGGGAAAUGAAAUCAGUUUCUGAAACGAAGUGAGAUUCAGGAUUAAUUCUUUUGCAAUGGUGAUUUUAUCAGAACUGAAGGAAUUUUGAUAGCCUGGUAUCUGAUAAGGACCUUAAUUCAAAAGUGUACUGCCAAUUCCAAAACAAAACUUGGCAGACAAAUGACUCUCCUGGUUUUACUUUCCACAUUUUAAUGUAUACUUUUCUGAAACUUAUUCUACAAGAGGUAUGCUCCUGGGUUGGCUUGACUUUGAUGAAAACCACCAGUCUUUGAAAUCUAUCAACACAAUUAUCUGAUGUCUUGAGAGUUAAGUGAAAAAAAUUUAAAGGGUUAUUUUUGGAUUUUUAAUCAAACUUGUUUAUUUUUAAAAAAGCAUCCUAAAAAGAAUUUUUGCAUGGACACAUACUGGUGGUAUUGUGUAUUUAAGGAUGUACCAUAUAACGGGGAUUUUCUGUGGUUGUCCAUUUUUCGUGGAUUGGAAAAUCUGUAAAAAUUAUAAUCCCAAAGAAUAUAUAUGUAUGCUCAUAGGUAUAUACCACAGUCGAUUAUAUCGCCUGGGUUCAAAUUUACUAUUAAAAGAAUAAUCUUUAAUAGUAAAUUCAAACUUAUGUGAUAUAAUUGCCUGUGGUAUACACACUAGUAUUAAAUGCAACCACAGAAAUUGGAAGUGCAGAAUAUAAUUUGCUACCAUUAAUGGGUCAAAUCAAAAACCCCAAAAAAAUUCCAAGCACAGGAAAUGCCGUUAUACAUAGGAUCACCCCCUAAAAUUGCUACAGAAUUUUGUAAAACUAUUUGUAAAUGUUUUAAUAUUGUUGAAAACCCAUAUUUACCACAAAAAUUUCCAAUGAAACCACCUUUAUUUUUUCAUCAUUCCAAAAAUCUUUACUCGAAAAUUCAGUGGAAGAGCAUUACCCCAAAAUUAAAAUCCUUCAAAGCCAUCUUUUUAUUGGUGCAUUUCGUGUAUUAAUUGACCAAUCUACAUUGUUGUUUGAUCAACUGAUAGAAAAUUCCACAUAUAAACACAACAAAAUCUGACUUCAUUUGAUGCAUCCAUUAUCUUGGGUACUUACUCAGCCUCGGUUAACAUUUAUAUAUGUACCUAUAUAUAUUAAGCAGUGCCAAGUCAAAAGUAUUUCUCCAUGAUUUCUAGCAUGCUGGAGUAGGAUAUCCUAUGACCUGAACUAUGUUUUCACAGAAAAUUCUUUUGAAAGAGUAUCAUUUGAGAUUAUAAUCAUUUAAGAUUAUAGUGACUUUAAGAAUGUUUAGUGCAUUCAGUAAUUGCUUGUGUCUGUUUUGAUUUUCAAAAUAGGUCAACUCUAACAAUCACAAACAGUAAUCCUGGUAUGAAACAAAAAGGUGCAAAAUAACAAUAACAAAAAACCUGGAUUGAAAUCCUUCAAUACAAAGAACAACUUUGACCAAAAAAGGAUGGUAAAUUGAACUCCAAUAAAGCCCAGGAAGUCCUCCGUUAUUCAGUAUUGACACAGACUCAAAACUGUAAUUACCAACUUCCGACCCCUCUCAGAUAUGUAUAAUAAUUGAUGGAUUGUAAUGGAAAAAUAUUAAUUACAUACAACUUGUUCUGAAAAUAGGAGAGCAGUGACAUGUUGUUCACACAAGGGCUAGCAGUACAUGUGCUAACAGAAGAAAAUACUUUUAAUCAUAUCUUCAUCAAAGCAACUUAAUGCACACACACUGAAUUUUCCCAAAUUCAAUGAAAUACUGUAAGCAUGUAAUUUGUAUGCGGAAAUGCAAGUUCAAAUUUAGGAGUUCCUUCAAGUGAAUAUUUUUGUGGUGUGUUUGUGCACUCUCGAGACCAUAUAGUCAGAUAGUGGCUGCAAUCUGUAUAGAUGAUUAAUAAGCAGACACAUGAGACUUUGCACAUGUGUAUGUAGAGAUUAGGGAAAUAUUUGCUGCUGAAAGAAUUUUUAUAUCUUUAGAAAAAUCUAAAACUUUCAGGUUAAUUAACGAGCAACAUUAUCUAAGAUUUUCAUGCCCAUUUGCAAGUUAUUUCUGCAGCUGAUAGUCAGUAACUGUAGAAUUGUCAAUAUAUUCAUGGACGUUCUUUGACUAGAUGCUGAUUGUUAACUGUGUCAUGCCAGUAGUUAAAAAUUCAAGUCUAUAUCAUUGUCGUUAAAGUUUAAAAAUCUGUCAACAUUUGGCACCAUGUUUAAAAAAAAAACCCCAGUUCAAGAUCCUUCAGAGUGACAGGAAGUAACUGGGUCAUUCUAUGUCCAUGAGGGGGAUUUGGAUUGGCUUAUUCUUUGGUCAUUUGGUGCUACGGUUUUGGACAAUGAAGAUAAUCCAGGUGCAAGUACUGGCUUUUAACUAGAAGACAAAAUAUGCGCCAAGCAGAUGUUGGGGGUCAUUCUCCAGCAAUUUGUCUCCUUGUUUUCUGUGCAGAAUUAUUGAAGAGAGAAAAAAAAAUUGUCAGACAACAGACAGGACCCACACUUGGCUCAUUUUGUUGGACAAUAUCAAAUUCCUGAUCUAGUAACAUUUCAUUAAACAGGUCCCGGAGAGCACCUGUCGUUUUUUGUUUGGAAAGAGUUCAGAUUCGAUGUCUUUUAAACACUUGUUUGAUUUGAUUCGGUUUGGAUGUGUUUAUGGGUGUUGGGAUUUUAUCUACCGUAUGUCUACAGUGUAAACCUACAUGCUUGAUCAAGUAUUAUUUGAGCAAAGAUCUGUCAAUGAUUUAAAUUUUUCUCUGGAAAAAAAAAAUGGAUGUACCGAGUAAACUGAUUGAGAAAGCAGAAGGAUUGACUGGGGUGGCUUAUAAAGUGACUGGACUUACAUUUUUUGAUGUUAUUUUGUGAUCAGGAUAAAGUGUAUUGUAGGGCAUAUAGAGAAACAACAAAAAGUUUUAAAGAGGUUAUUAAAAUCCAGCACAAAGAAGACAGAAUGCCAGGAUUAUUAUUUUACCUACACACUAUUUAAAGUGCAAGACUGCAUGUGACAUAAAACUCUAGAGCAAUUCUCCUAUGUUCACCAAGAGUUAGACAUGCAUUCUCAUUUGUCAUUCAGAUUUUCCACCUGACUGGAUUCAUAUCUACAUGCCUUGUGUUUAUUUAUAUAUCGGUGAACUUUAUGUGCAACUCUGUGACACUUUUCCAUUAACCACCUUUUGUCAUUAAUUAGGGAGGCUCGUUGCCAGUCUGUGUGUAUCAAUAGGGAGAUUACAGCUGGCUCAAAUUUCAGCUUUGACCCAUCAGUGCCUUGUACAUGGAGGGGUGUGAUAGCCCAAAGUGUGUUGUUAAGCCGGGACAAGUCUUAACUAUCAGAGAUGCUGAUUCUGCUGUUUUGGGGGUAAAAUAGUGCUGAAAAAAAUGUUCUGCAGAGGGAUCUUUUUUGGUUGUCAACUGUGAGAUUGUUGUGAAAAACCUGUCAUGUUUUUCUACGUUGUUGGCAAUGCCAACAUAUCUGGUAAUGAUCAGAACCAGGAGGUGGAUACACAGCAAUCGGAACCUGUCCAGGAGCAGGUGCUUGGUGUAAAAAGUCAACACUCUCCUCAAAAAUGUUGUUUACCCAACCCAGAGUUGUCUAACCUGAUGUGCAGUGGCCAAGAAAACGAUGCAUCACACUCGUUGGGAAUUUCACUGAUUCUGGAUGCUGGCAGCUCUGGUGAAGUUGAAGAAUUCCUGCCCCAGUCAGAGGGUGUAGAUGUUUGUAGUCGGGAGCAGUGUUCCCCCGACUCUGAUUUGGAGGAGAUGGAUUAUUUGUGUGAACAUAGAACUAGUGCUUCAGAAAAAUUAAAUUCUUGUUGUUGUUUAUUAAAAAGUUUAUCCAGUGAUGCUAAUGGAGCUGAAAAUUUAUGUGUUCAAAAAAUGUAUGAAUCAUCGCCUGGUAAACCAGUUCGAUAUGCAACACGUGUGCACGCGGAAUAUGCCCCACUCAAAGUGCGACCAAAAAGUAUGUGUUCUGUGGGACCAAGUAGUGAAAUUAGAUCUCCUAGAAUACAGCCGGACAUCAGGAUAGAAAAUGAUGAUGGUGUCUGGUCUCUGUCUGACUCCAGUGUUAACUUUGACAGUUUUGGCAAAAGAACACCAGGAUGUACCCGGCGGGCCAGCGAGUGCCUCAUUCUGGAACCGUCGGAGAUGAUUGUUAUCGAUUAUCCUGAUGUCCAGAUUAUGAAAAACAGUCGUACUGGACAAUGUAACAAUGUCAACAUCAAUCGAAUGUUUGAUUUAGAACAAGAGGAAGCCAAACUACGAAAAAUGCAUUGUGACACAACAGUAGAGCAGCUUCCUCCAGAUUAUAAAAAUGAAAUAUACUCACGGAAUGAAAUACAGAUGAAAAGGAGUUCCCGAGCGAGUGAUACGUCGAGCGCUUACUCUGGGUCUGACAUGAUGCAAUCUUCUAUUGAUGACCAAGAAAACGCAGACAUAGACCUGACGGGUAUGCCAGAGGGUUAUGUGGACUCGGAUGAUGAAGAGGACAAACUGUCCAACACAGAGUCCAUACGAGAUGCAGUGCAAGAAUGUCUGCAAAAAGAACCAAAAGACAGAACAGAGGAUGACAUUGAAACACUUUUGGAGUUCAUUCAACAUUUUAGAGCAUUUGCCAACAUGACGCAGCCAAUCCGGCGUGAGUUGUGUGCGGUGAUGGUAUUUGCUGUGAUCGAGAAGCGAGGGACGAUUGUAAUGCGGGAUAAUGAGGAGCUGGAUUCCUGGUCCGUCAUUCUGAAUGGUCAGGUGGAGAUCAUCCACUCAGAUGGAUCAGCGGAGUUCCUCCAGAUGGGAGACAGUUUUGGGAUUUCCCCAACCCUGGAAAAGAUGUACCACAAGGGAGAGAUGCGGACAUUGUUGGAUGACUGUCAGUUUGUCUGUAUUGCUCAAGAGGACUACCACCGAAUCUUGGACAAGGGCAAAGAAAAUACAGAGAAACAUGUGGAGGAAGGUCAGGUUGUGAUGGUAACAGAACACAGAAUAUUUGAUGGGGGAAACAGGAAGGGACAAAUUGUCAUAAGAGGAACACCAGACCACUUAAUGCAGCAUUUAGUGCAGGAGCACUCAGCUGUUGACCCCACAUAUGUAGAGGAUUUCUUGCUGUGUUUUCGUGUCUUCAUUAAAGAUAACAUGGACUUAGCCAGCAAAUUACAGAACUGGUUCGAGACAUCAAGUUAUAGAAAUAAGGUGACCAGGGUUGUUCUGUUGUGGGUCAAUAACCACUUUGUGGACUUUGAGACUGAUGCCCCACUUUGUGAGUUCCUGGAGAACUUUGAAGGCCUCCUAGAACGAGAGAUCAGCAUUGAAACAAGUAGAAAGAUUAGUUCGGAAAUGAUGGGUCAGUUAAGGCUACUGAAUAUAGCUUGUGCUGCCAAGGCCCGACCCAGAAAUAUCACAUUAACCAGGGCCACAAGAGAGGAAGUUUUACACUUUUCUGUCCUUGGGGGGCAGGAAAGGGGCUGUGGUAUAUUUAUUUCCAAAGUAGAAAAGGGCUCCAAAGCUUACGAAGCUGGCCUCAAAAGGGGAGACCAGAUUUUGGAAGUCAAUGGUUCCAGUCUGAGCAAUGUCUCCCAUAACCGUGCGCUGGAACUACUAAGGGGAACAACUCACCUCUCUCUUAAUGUCAAGUGCAAUUUGCUGGACUUCAAGGAGCUGUUAGAUGUUCCAGAUAAGAGAGUGAGUAAGGGCGAAACACCGACCCUGACCAAAAGAUCAUCCACGGGGGACCUGGAAUCCAAGACUCCCAAAAGUGAAAAGAAAGAAAAGAGGGACAAGAAAAAGUUUUACACACUUGGCAAACAUAAUGUGCUCAACUACAUUGGAGGAAAGAUUCUCUCAAAAAUUCCCUCCUCGGGUAGUUUGGGAAACAAUGAAAGUCUGAAUCGAUCAGAUGAAAGUCUCUACAAAGGUCCAUCGCGAGCUCGGCUGCCAUCCUCCAACUCUCUCUAUAGUCUUGGUGUUCAGUCACAACACCUCAGUGCCAGCAAUCCUGACCUAUCUGCACUCCCAGUGGAGGAAAGUGCAAAGGAAUUCCCUGACAUGGUUGUCAAAAUUUACAAAGCAGACCAGACAUUUAAAUUUCUGGCCAUCACCAAGGACACUAAUGCAAGAGAGGUGGUGUUACUUGCACUCCAGGAGUUUAGUAUUACAGAACCCAGCAGCAACUACUCAUUGUGUGAAGUAACAGUAGAGAAUGAAAAUUUGGUCAAACAGAAGCGACUACCAGACACCUUGACCAAUCUUCCUGACCGGGCCAACUUAAAUGGAAGGCGUACUGUUCCAUGUGUACUCAGGUAUUACCUUAAGAACAACAUGAACACGGAGACCCUGGUUCCGGAUGAGUUACGAGGGGAACUGAUUAAGGAAGCUCAGAUAAGCCUGCUACAACUCCAUACCACAGAGGUCGCAUCACAAUUGACCUUGGAUGAUUUUAAGGUCUUUAAGAGUAUUGAACCCACAGAGUACAUCGACAAUCUGUUUGGUCUCAAGUCAAAGUAUGGCACACCAAACCUGCAGAAGUUUACAGAGCUUGUCAAUAAGGAGAUGUACUGGGUCGUUACGGAGGUGUGUGGAGAAAUCAACAUUGUCAAAAGAAUGAGAAUGAUCAAACAAUUUAUUAAGAUUGCAAAGCACUGCAAAGACUGCAAAAAUUUCAAUUCCAUGUUUUCAAUAUUAAGUGGCCUUGACAAAAUUUAUGUAAGUCGAUUACGCAACACAUGGGAGAAAUUACCUAGCAAGUAUUUAAAGGUGUACGAGGACCUGAAAGAAUUGAUUGACCCUUCCAAAAAUAUGUCCAAAUACAGAAGUUAUGUCGGUAGUGAUCAUGUACAGCCACCGAUGUUGCCAUUAUUCCCAAUUGCUAUGAAAGAUCUAACUUUCCUGAAAGAUGGAAAUGAUACGAAAGUCGAUGGACUGAUAAACUUCGAAAAGUUCCGAAUGAUAGCCAAAGAAGUUCGCCACCUGUGUAAUAUGUGUUCAGCUAAAUAUGAUGUCAAUACAAUGUUCCUUGGCACACAAAGUAUGUAUGAAAGUUCUUGGAUCAUGGGAAUGGCAACCAUGAAGAGGGUGAGGAAUCGUAGAGGCUCCACCCUCCCCAAUCCGAAGAAAAUGUACGAGGAGGCGCAGAUGGUGCGACGAGUGAAGUCAUACCUCAGUAACAUUAAGGUCAUCUAUGAUGAGGAUAAACUUCGAGAAAUGUCAUACCAGUGUGAACCAGACAACAAAGCUAGGAGAGCUGACCAUUCUCCGAGUGUUACAAGUGUAACAAUACCAAACAAGGAUGACAAAGCUGCUGCCGUCCCAUCAGGUCCAAAAUUUGGUGCUGAAUCUCCACAGGCAAUCCAGAAACUGAUGGGAUUGUCCGCCUCUGUCAAACCUCAUAAAUCACAUUAUCCCCUCCCCCCUGCACCGUCAGGGGUUACCAGUCCGUCCCUAAGUUCAGGGCGACGACCACCCACAUCUCCCCGCCAUUCAGCGGCCUUACGGUCCCAUCCAGUUCAUCUGUCACCCGAGAGUUCAUCUGUCGUCAGUCUUAGUAAUAUAGCUUACCGCAGACCCCAGCGCACGGGAUCACACACUUCCCAAACUUCAUUAACCUCCAAUGAGUCGAGUUCAACUGACACCACACAGACCAGCCAGGGCUCUAACCCACAGUAUGCUCGGUUGUCCCACAACCAGCAUGAGUCCCCGGACUCGGCACGGCACAGUAUGAUCUCCACAAACUAUGAUACUCAGAGCACCAACUCCGUGGGGUCCAACAACAGCUCAUCAUCCACCCACUCCACACCCCCUCAUUACCGACGUCACGGCCCCCAAACAGCACCGCCCUUCCUUCAUCAACAUAGUACUCCACCUCUGCCCCAGGCUAGGGCAAGACCUCCAUUACCGCCCUAUAAUGUUGUCAUGCAAAAUUCGCCAGCCUAUAGCCAUAUUAUCCAUCAAACGUACACUAAAGUCCGCCGACCGCCCUUGCCUGAUUACCAUUCUGCUACACAAAUGGCCCAACUAGCUCGCCAGAAGCAUUAUUGGCAGAUGGAGCGAUCUCAUUCACAUGAAGGGGUUGUAGGAUACUGCAAUGGGCAGGCACCUUAUUACCAAGUCUCUGAUGAUGAAGAAGAGGAACAGGUGUCUGCAGUGUGAAAAGACUCUCCGUAAAUAAAGAGGUGUUCAUCAGGCCUAGGGAGGGUCUACAACAACCCCACAUGUCUGUCAGCCAUUACUGACAGGAAGGGGUGUGUCAUGUCACCUGUGCAUACAGGGUGGGACAUGGCCCCAAUUGUUUUGAAGUGCAAUUCUUCCUGCUCAUCUGUGAUAGUGAAACAUAAAAAACUAUAAUCCUCUCUUUUGUGGGGGAAAUUGUUGGUGCAAGUGAACUUCUUGUGCAUACACUAGUGCAAUUUGACACAAAAAUGGCAAUGCCAUGCAUGUGUGUUAGUCACAGUAUUAGCCAGACGAGGAUCUGACAUUGUAUAAAGCUGAUCUGAAAUCAUCCAACCAUGAGAGUGGUGAUCUGUGUAUAUGUGUUCAGACUGAAGAACUUGUAAUGAUGGUACUUCCUUCAUACAUUUAGUGCUAUACCAUGAUCAUGCUGUGAACCGUGCCAUCUCAUCAAACAUACAGCUUUCCUGUUUUCCAAGGAACUGGACUCUAGAAUUUUAAUAUAUGUAUUUGUAUACCAAAGACAACUUUGUCAUUUACUCAUUUGGUUCAGAAAUGGCAAGAAACAUAUAUGAAUUAUAUUUUAAUUUUAUUGUUGUAAUCGUUUUUAUACAAAGUUUAAGAAAGAUCAUUCAUGUCUAUUUAUUGGAUACGUAUAAACAACAUGGUCUCCUAUCAUGAUUACAAACUAUUUUAUGUUCACGUACACUCAUCCCACAGAAAUAGGAAUUUACUACAUUUAUCUUACAUUAAAGGGACUGGUUCACAAUUUUUGAAAAAAAUAUUUUUCAUUUUUGAUGUUAAAUAUCAAAAAUAUAACUAAUUAAAUGUUGAGAGUAAAAAAUUUGGAACUUCUGAACGCAAGAAUAAAAGUAAUAUUUUAGCCUUAAAUCCAUGUUAUGUAAACAAAGACUCGAGUCUUUUCAUGCAUACAAACAAUCCAAUGAAAUUUUAAUUUUAUAAUAUAAAGCAUCUUAAUUUGGCAUAGUCACAAAUUUUAACUUUUAGAUGAUACAUUUUACCUAAAGAAUGCUAUAAAUGUAAAAGAUAUAAUAAACUUAGAUCGACAUCGAUUUCUUUUGAAAUUUCGUAAACAAUAACAUACCGCAAUCUUUGUUUACAAAACAAAUAAUGAGCUUCUAUGAUGAUGUAUAACCUUAAUUUUUAUGUGAAAUCUUUUAAACACAUUAGACAAUAGAUUUUGAUCAUUAAAAGUGAAAAACAAAAUUUUGGGGGAAAUCGUGAAUCAGUCCCUUUAAAACAUGAAGGGUCAAUUUUUAGAUAGUCCAUGAAAAUGUCAAUUUCACGAGAGUUACAUUUCAGAAUUAUUUUUAAAAUAUCAGCUUUCUUUGUGUAUUCAGUUUUAGAAUUUUGGAAUAAAGUUUGUUUUCAUAAGAAACCAAGAAAAAAAAUCACAAUUGAUCUGAAGUUUCAGCACAAAGCAAUUGUUAUACCAAUGUACAUAUAAAUCCAUGAAAUAUGGGUCACUGUUGUAUGACUUGUAAACAAUUUAAAAGUGUGACCUGUUAUAUCUACUGCCGGGAGAUGGUAGUUGUCUUUAAAUCUAUUUUAUAAUUGUAUGAUAUGCAUGAAGAUAUAAUGAAAUCUUUAUUUUAGGUCAGUUUUGCAUUGUGUUUAACUAGUCACACUUGGAUUAACAUGUUUGUAUUAGAAUUUCUUUUUUAUAGAAUAUCCAUGAAUUGGUUUGUAUUUGAAAUUGUGUUUUGAAAACUCAGGCAAGAUAAAUUUGUUUCGAUAUGUUUAAUAUUCUUACAAAUGUAGGUCAAAUUUGUAUUAUUUGUUGAGCAAAAGGUCCCGUCACAGGAAGCAAUCUUUGGAUAUAUCAAUUCAGAAAGAGACAUGGAUAAGCAAUCUAAACAAAAAUCACUGUAAAAUGUGAAAAAAGUAUUCUAUACUGUACAUCACAAAUGACAGAGUAAUGGGGUUUUCAGUACUCUGAUGUGGAAAAGCAUUUGACACUGCCAAAUUUUUGCCAACUGGACUGGAAGAUGGAGUAUCUUCAUGCCAAUCUUGUCACAGACGUUUGACCAAUGGGAAUAACUGUAUUUGAUUGUAUUGUAAAAUGUAUAAAGAAAAAGUUGUUAUACAUGUAUUUUCCACCUGGAAAGCAUUUAGUUUAAUUUUUCCUUUGCUUCAAUUAAGAAUUCUUGAGCAGAGUGUCAAUGUAAAAUACUAAAAUGUCACAGGAAACUUAGAAUUUUAAGUACUGUUAGUACAUGAUCAUUCUAGAAUAAAUUCUUUAUGGUGUUUCAAUUUGUGUUAAGAGGUAUAUUAUUGAAAGAUAUUUUGACAAAUUUCAAGUCUGUUGGCAAAUAUAGACACGUAACUUCUUUUCAAAAUUUAUUGUUUGUUUUAAUCACACUUUUUGUAAAUUUAAAGCGAUUUUAAGGAAACAUUUUGAUCGGGAUAUUUGAUGUUGAUUUCAGGGAACAGAAUUAAUAUCCUGUGAUUUGCAGACUUUGCUUUGUUACGGGAUGGUGUACAGUGAAAUAGAGUUAACAACGAAGUCACAAAAUAUAUGUACUACAUUAUCUUUCAUCCUGUAUAUAUUACACAUAAUUACUACCAGGAAAUGAAAUAAAAGUAUAAAACCAUA